UUACCUUACCUACUAAGUCUGUGGUUCUGUUUUAAUAGAAAAAUUGGAAGGUAACCGACAGCUGUUUGUUUAUUUUGUAGCAUUUAUAUUGAAUAUAAAAAGUCAUGCGUCUUUUUAUGGCGGAGGAUAAUUUGUGUGCUCAAAAUUUACUCAAGUUAGUGUCUCAUGGAAAUGCUAUAGUUGCAGAAAUUUUACGUCUAAAAGAUUAUCAACCUUCUGUUUAUAUUUUAGAGAACAAAGAAAUACAGCAAAAGUAUCAGGAUGUUAUUAUGGAUUUCAGUUAUUUCAAAAUUUCAGAAGUACAAGAAAAGAAAAUUCUUACAACAACGAAAUUGCAAGAUUUAGAUGAUGAUUUAAAAGAGAAGUAUAUGGAACUGAUAAAUCGUUUUUAUUUAUUGUUUGAAAAUAUUUACCAAUAUAUAGUGGACUUGAAUAAUUUUAUUGAACAACUCCACGACGGUGCCUUUAUACAACAGAACUUCGAAACUGUUAUGAGAGAUGUUGAAGGGAAACAACUAUUGUGCGAAUCAUUAUAUCUUUAUGGUGCAAUGUUAUUAUUAUGUGAUCUUUAUAUACCAGGAUUAGUAAGGGAAAGGUUACUAGUUGCGUUUUAUCGCUACAGCACAAGUCAGUCGCAGUCCAAUAUUGAUGAUGUUUGUAAAUUAUUAAGAGAUACUGGUUAUAAUCAACAACAUUGCAAGAGACCUAUUGAUUACCCAAUAGAAUAUUUCGGUCGUAUAUCCAUUCGCGCAGAUUUUUUAGAGAAAGUAAUCGGCAAAUUAAGAUCAGAAGAUAUUUACAACCAAUUAACAGUUUAUACGAUUCCAGAACACCAAGCCUCAGCUCUUGCUACUCAAGCUAGUAUGCUUGUUAUAUGUUUAUUCUUCACACCUCAUUAUUUGCAUUCCGAUACAUUUAAAAUGCGUGAAAUCGUUGACAAAUUCUUUCCAAGUAACUGGAUAAUACCAAUUUAUAUGGGAGUAACAUUGAAUCUAAUCGAUUAUUGGGAAAACUUUAAAGCUGCCAAAUCUGCUCUCUUGAAUACUUGUAAUAGUAAAAUGGUGAAGUUAGUUUUCAAUAGUCGAGGUGGUUCAGUACCAAUGCUCCUUAAUAAAACACAUCAGUUAUUAAAAGAGGGUACAUUGACUGAAGACUUUGUUCUUGACAAUAUAAAUAAAAUACUGAAUCUAUUACUAAAUUCCAAUUUAGUUCUACGUUGGUUGCUAUUGCAUAGUAGCGAUGUCAUUUUCUAUGAUAAUAAUAGGAAAACUAAACAACUCAAAGAUUUGGUACAGAAAGAAUCCAAUUACGAUCCAUUAAAAUUGUUAGAGUUACUCAUAAGCACUGCAGAACUGGAAUUGAAAGUGAGAGAUAUAUUAAAGAAGUUAUUAGAUAACCGAAGCGAGUCUUGGAUUACCAACAAAGCUAUUGCUUUAGAAGCCAUUAAUAAUUUGUCAGAACUGUUUUCCGGCGCAAAGCCAAUCACCAAAAUACAAGAGAACGAGCAAUUAAAACUAUGGUUUGAUAAUAUAGCAAAUCAAAUUACCUCAUUGAGUGAUACAAUUACAACAAAGUCCAUAAAGAAAAUAACACAACUUAUACAAGCAUUAGAUGAAGUGGAAGAAUUUCACGGUAUUAAGAGCACUUCAACUAUAUUGCAGUUUUUAUCGGAAAGUAAAGAAGCACUCAAAAAUGUUUUAAGGGCAGCAACUCUUAAAGAAGAUUCUUUAGUCACUUUGGAGACUGUCGCGGAUGUCAGUUAUGCUUGGUGUAUUAUUGAUACGUAUACCAACUAUAUGCAAGACAGUAUUAAAGAGAAUCCCACUGUGACUAGCAGACUUAGGGCUCUCUUUCUAAAAUUGGCAAGUGCUAUGGAAAUUCCUUUACUUCGGAUAAACCAAGCACAUAGUGAUGAUUUAGUUUCCGUAUCGCAAUACUAUAGUAAUGAACUAAUCAAAUAUAUACAAAAAGUUUUGCAAAUAAUACCAGAGAUGGUUUUUAGCAUAGUUGAAAAAAUAAUUGAACUCCAAACUUGGUCAAUUAAAGAAGUGCCUACACGCCUAGAAAAAGACAAACUACGAGACUAUGCCCAAUUCGAACAGAGAUUGGAAGUAGCAAAAUUAACACAUUCCGCGUCGACUUUUACUACCGGUAUUCUUGAUAUGCGGUCUACUUUAGUGGGUGUUAUUCGUGUAGACCCUGCUGAAUUACUGGAGAUAGGAUUGCUUAAAGAAUUAGACAGACACAUCAGUAAGAAAUUUGUAGAAUUUUUGGAACCACCAGCAAAGAAGCCGUCGUCUACAAAUUUAUUACCACGGUUACAAAAACUAGCGGAAAGCAUGGAUGGAUAUAAAAGAUCUUUAGAGUAUAUACAAGAUUACAUUAAUAUUCAUGGCCUUAGAAUAUGGCAAAAGCAGGUAUCUGCUAUAAUCAGUGAAACUGUAACAAAGGAAAUAAGUUUACGUAAGGGAGUUACACUACAUAGCCCAUCUGCUGGUUUUAUGGGGAGUUUAGCACGGCAGAUAGCAAACUUAGCGGAUGCGAGGAAUUGUGUUUACGUGAGUGUCAGUACAGCGUGGUAUGAUGUAAGAAAUCAAAAUGAAGUACUAAACAGUAAAACUUUUUCGAAAUUGAAUGAAGCUGUUGGUGUUGUCGGUUUAUUUGGCCUUGACACAUUGUAUGGCCAUAUGAUAAAGAAUCAGCUUCAUAAUGUCCACCUAACACUCAGACAUACUCAAGACAAAAGCAUAAUGGGAAAUACGAAAAUAGACUUAAAAGAAAUUGAUCAACUUCUCAUAAAAGGACAAAAAACCUUUCAACAGUUAUCAGAAGUUUUAGUUUUGAUAGGGACAUUGCAAAUCAUCAGGAAACAUAUUGCUUAUCAACUUAAUACCAUGUGUAAAUUUGACUCUGCGCAUUUGGAAGCAGCUCUCAGAACAUUGAAUGAGUAAGUUUAUUGUUCUCCAAAAAGUGCUAUUAAAUGCAGAAGAAAACCUUUUUUUAUUCAUUAACUAAAAUAGUCCUGUGACAUUAAUCAGUCACAUGACAUUUCGAGCUGUGAC